UAGCCUGGUUCGAAAGGCGUCCUUGCCGCAAACAUCGCCUCUUCCUGAAAACAACGUCGCAGCCUCACUGUUUCCUCCACCCUUUGUCUCAAGUGUCGAUAUUCUCAUCUUUCAUCUCCUCGCACGAUCUGAAGCUUACCGGACACCUCACUGGAUCUGUCAUCGGACUCAGGUACUUUGCGCCAAUUCUAACCACUUUCUCAUCAUCUCCACCUCGUCUCAACCCCUCUCAAGGCUUUCGCGCCUACCUUGAAUCAACAAUAACCUCUCCCACCCAUCUCUAACCAUGUCUGCUGAGGAAGAUCUCAUCGAUUACUCCGACGAGGAACUCCAAGCGACAGAAGCUCCAGCUGCUGGCGCUACGAAUGGCGCCGCAAAGAAAGGCGACUUGACGGUUAGCGGUGGAAAAACUGGGGAAAAGGGCAAGGGCAGCUAUGUCGGCAUUCAUUCCACAGGUUUCAGAGACUUCCUGCUCAAAGGCGAGCUCCUUCGAGCCAUCACCGACUGCGGUUUCGAACAUCCAUCGGAGGUCCAACAAAAGUGUAUUCCACAGGCCCUUCUUAGCGUCGACAUUCUCUGCCAGGCCAAGUCUGGUCUCGGUAAGACUGCUGUCUUUGUCCUGACGACCUUGCAUCAGCUUGAGCCUGUUCCUGGAGAAGCCUCUGUCCUGGUCAUGUGCCACACCCGCGAACUGGCCUAUCAGAUCAAGAAUGAGUACGCACGUUUCAGCAAAUACCUACCAGAUGUAAAGACAGCUGUAUUCUACGGCGGUACACCAAUCCAAAAGGAUAUUGAACUUCUCAAGAGCAAGGACACAUUCCCAAACAUCAUCGUGGGCACUCCUGGACGACUCAAUGCUCUUGUCCGUGACAAAGUCUUGUCCCUGCGAAAUGUCAAAGCAUUUGUUCUCGACGAAUGCGACAAGAUGCUUGACCAAAUCGAUAUGCGCCGCGACGUUCAAGAAAUCUUCCGCGCGACCCCAACCGAGAAGCAAGUGAUGAUGUUCAGCGCCACUCUGCCCAAGGAAAUCAGACCCAUCUGCAGAAAGUUCAUGAGGAACCCUCUGGAGGUCUUCGUUGACGACGAGACCAAGCUGACUCUCCAUGGUCUUCAACAAUAUUCUAUUCGACUCAGCGAAGGUGAAAAGAACCGGAAGCUCAACGACUUGCUUGACAGCCUCGAGUUCAAUCAAGUCAUCAUCUUUGUCAAGAGCACUGUUCGGGCUACUGAACUCGACAAAUUGCUUCGCGAGUGCAAUUUCCCAAGUAUUGCUGUGCACUCAGGUGUCAGUCAAGAGGAGCGUAUCAAGCGAUACAAGGAAUUCAAGGAGUUCAACAAGCGGAUCUGCGUCGCCACGGACGUUUUUGGUCGUGGUAUCGACAUUGAACGUAUCAAUCUGGCCAUCAACUACGAUCUUCCCGGUGAUGCUGACUCGUACCUCCAUCGUGUCGGUCGUGCCGGUCGUUUCGGAACCAAGGGUCUCAGCAUCUCAUUUGUCAGCAGCGAAACUGAUGAGGAAGUGAUCAAGCAGAUUGAGGGCAAAUUCCAGGCACAAAUCCCUCCAUAUCCAGAGGGAGGUGUUGAUUCGAGCACCUACAUGGCUUCUUAGAGUUGUGGGUGCUGUUCGACACUUAUUCCUCUCAAGUGUGACAACGGUCGUGAUAUUGGAAUGUGACGAGGCGACAAAAGGAACUUGGCAUUGGGGGCUUUUCAGAUUGAUCACUCGACGAAUGCUUGCAUAACUAUGUAGCUAGCUCUAUGCUCCAAUAGUUUCUGACCAAGAAUGACAAAUCUUGAUACUGUCAA